UUUAACUGUGAUAAGAAUAAAAUAAUAAAUAAGUAUGAAAUGAUGUUAUCAAUUGUGCUAUACAGUGUGAUUAUUGGUGUAUCUUCGGUUGGUGCUUCCGGUCCCAAAAAGCUUUUAACAUAUUCACUAGUAGAUAACCGCCCUUUAAAGAAGGCUCUUGGAUAUGAUGAAGAUGUCUACUUUAAUUUUACUGAGCUGACGUCAAAAUACGGAUAUACAACAGAGGAUCACGUAGUUACAACUGAAGAUGACUAUUUAUUAAAUAUAUUUCGGAUACCCUCAAAAUGUGAUAACACCAAAGGUUAUCCCGUCAUUCUAAUGCACGGACUUUUUGACAGCUCGGAUGCUUGGAUACUAGCAGGGCCCAAAGUUGGUUUAGGAUAUAUUCUUGCCGAUAACUGCUACGAUGUAUGGGCAGCAAACGGUAGAGGUAACACAUAUUCAAGAAACCAUACAUCGCUGAACCCCGAUGAAGAUCCUGAAUACUGGAAUUUUUCUUUCGAUGAAACUGGAAACUAUGAUCUUCCAGCAAUCAUUGACUACGUCAUACAAACAGCUGGGAAGCCUAAGGUUUACUACGUGGGCCACUCUCAAGGUACCACAGAUUAUUUUAUAAUGGGUUCGUUAAGACCGGAGUAUAAUACAAAAGUUCAGCUAUCUGUCAAUUUGGCACCUAUAGCUUUUAUGAAAUAUAUUAAAAGCCCCAUACCCAAAAUGCUAGCACAACAGACCGCAAUUUUCAAAAAAUUUCUUGAUGACUUAGGCUUUGGAGAAAUUUUUGCUAAGCAACAAAUCCUGCAUCACCUAGUUGAAAAGUUUUGUCAAUUAGCCCCUGAACCGAUAUGUGGAACGGGAUUGGCUCUGACGACUGGUUAUAAGCGUGAUAGUAUAUCGGAAAGAACGUUAUCCAUCGCAUUUGGGCACUUACUGGUUGGCAUUUCAAGUAAAACUUUCGCACAUUUCGGACAACUAAUUGUUUCCAAGAAAUUCCAGCGGUAUGACGAGGGCAAAGAAGGAAAUUUACAAAGAUAUGGAACAGAACGUCCUCCGGAUUACAAUAUAAGCCUCAUCAACUCGCCCGUACUUCUUAUCUGCGGUACAAAUGAUUGGGUUUCAUCCUUAGAAGACGUUAACGAGCUUAGUUCAAAACUGCCGAACAUGGUGGAAGAAUAUAUUGUACCGGAUCCAACAUGGAGUCACAACAAUCAUUUGUGGGGUAUAAAUGCUCCCAAAUAUGUUUUCGAUAAGAUACUAAGUUACUUUAGAGUUUAUGACGUUAAAUAAGAAUAUUAAAUCCUAUUGAGGUCAUGCAAUAAAGUCAACUUUUUUUUUAUAGAACAGGGGGCAAACGGGCAGGAGGCUCACCUGAUGUUAAGUGAUAUCUUUAACUUUAAGAUAUUUUAGGAGAAUAUAUGUGAUCUACCUCAAUGUCGAAUACUUAACCUUAAGUUAUUAUGUAAGAACGCCAAAGAUCAUGAACAAAAUGCUAAUUUAAUUAUUGUUUUUCUUAUUCAAGGUGGUUAAACAAUUAAAACUGUCCUAGCGGAAAAACUAUUUUUUUACACAGACUAUAACAUGAAAAUGAAGAUAGUACUUUGUCGAGAGAAUGAUUUCACAAUAAAAGGAUUCUUCCACUAGAUAAAUGGGAUAGCAUCCUCUAUGUGUCACAUGAGGUUUUUAAUUGCAUUAAAGUUUAGCUUAAUCGUCUUUAUAUUAUAGUAUUAGGGCUUAAUUACAAACCUUAGU